GACCGAGAGGGUGCGGAGCAACGGGGAGGCACUCCCCAAAUCCUCUCCACACUGUGGGAUCUGGGCUCUAAGACCAAGAGGAUUCGCCAACGCCCGCAGACCUGGCCAGGCGUCCACGCAAAGCACGGGUCCUCAGGCCCUGUCGGCAGUCUGCGGUAACCACUUCCCACCCCUGGAUUCCUCGUGAGAUCUCGAGGGUCUCACCGCGCCCGCGCCCCACGGGACCCAGAACUGCAUCGCUAGGAGCGCCGCGUGUGAGGUUUCACAGGAGCAGGCCAGCGGUGCGAGUUGCCAAGCACGCAUUCUUUGGAAAAGGAGAAGGACCUGCCUGUACUGCACAACCCCACCAACAUGGCUGCUUUUGGACACACGUUCCCCUUCUAUGCUGGCCCCAAGCCAACUUUCCCAAUGGACACCACCUUGGCCGUCAUCAUCACCAUCUUUCUGACUGCACUGGUCACCUUCAUCAUCAUCCUGCCUGGCAUUCGGGGCAAAAUGAGGCUGUUCUGGCUGCUGCGAGUGGUGACAAGCUUAUUCAUCGGGGCUGUGAUCCUGGCUGUGAAUUUCAGUUCUGAGUGGUCCGUGGGCCAGGUCAGCACCAAUACGUCAUAUAAAGCCUUCAGUUCCCAGUGGAUCAGCGCUGAUGUUGGGCUGCAGGUUGGACUGAGAGGAGUCAACAUCACACUCACAGGGACCCCAGUGCAGCAGCUGAAUGAGACCAUCAGUUACAAUGAGGAAUUCACCUGGCGGCUAGGCGAGAACUAUGCUGAGGAGUAUGCAAGGGCACUGGAGAAGGGGCUGCCGGACCCCGUGCUCUACCUGGCUGAGAAGUUCACCCCGAACAGCCCAUGUGGCCUGCAUGGCCAAUAUCGUCUGGCGGGACACUACACCUCGGCCAUUUUGUGGGUGGCAUUCCUCUGCUGGCUGCUGGCCAAUGUGAUGCUGUCCAUGCCCGUGUUGGUCUAUGGUGGCCUCAUGCUGCUGGCCACAGGGAUCUUCCAGCUGUUGGGACUGCUCUUCUUCUCCAUGGCCACAUCACUCACCCCACCCUGUCCCCUGCGCCUGGGCACUGCUACACUGCACACUCACCGUGGACCUGCCUUCUGGAUCACGUUGACCACAGGACUGCUUUGUGUGCUGCUGGGCCUGGCCAUGGGGGUGGCCUACAGGAUGCAGCCCCACAGGCUGAAGGUUUUCUUCAACCACAGUGUGGGGAAGAACCCUGGGCUGGAGUGGAAUCCUGAGGAAGGGGGACUCCUGAGCCCCCGCUACCGGUCCACAGCCGAGAGUCCUGAGACCCAGGACAUUCCUCUGUCAGAGGCUUCCUCCAAGGGAUGCUGUGAGAAGAAGCACCCCAGUGUGCCUGCUCAUGCCCUAUAAGGUUCCUCUCCCUGGUGGCCACCCAGACUUC